AGUAUUUUCCGUGUUUCCGGCCUCCGAUGGUUAACGCACAUGUUACGGGAGAGCCGUGGUGUAAACGGUGGCAGGUGAUACAUCAUAUUCCUAAGGACGAGGAUAUACUUGUAGAUUAUCGUAGACGUCUCGAUUCGAUGCGUCCGUCAGAUGUGAAUUGGACGCCAUUUGGAUUGGAAGUGGCAUCUGAAGUUGGAAAGACGGUUCAUCACGGGACUAUUCGAUGGAUGGAUACCGUUGAGCCUUAUAUGCCCGAUAGAGUUUUGCGUCAGUUCGGGUUUCGGCAGAUUAAACCGGCGGACCCAAUUCGUCCGCUAAAAGGUGCUAAGAGGGAGAGAAAAAUAGCAUCUUACAAGGUUAACUAUGAGCCCGGCGAUCAGAUGUGGAGUAUCCCCCACACGCACAUGCUUAGUCGAGAUUACUAUGGUCGGAAGGCGCGUCCAGCUUGGGAGUCGGAUCCGGAGUAUUUGCCGUGGUAUCUAGACCACACCCACGUCCGUGUAGAUCCUAGUACCGAGCCGGUUGAGAGAGCGGAGCCAUCUGCAGUUCCGGCUAUAUAUGACCUCACCCGAGUGUUGCAUCCGUACUUCUACGAUAACUUGCCUCCUUCUACUAUUCCAGGAUAUCGGCGUAUCCCCGAUGACUUCUUCAGGACGAUCCAGGACAUGUGCGCCCCAUUCGCUGAGUAUCUUCAGUUGGACCGUGAUGAUGCCGAUGGUCGGGAUGCAGGACCCUCACAAGGGCGACAUUCUCACCGCAGGCGUAGGACGAGGGAUACUUAGGUGUUCAGGACCUGAUUUUCGUUUUUUAAGCUAAAUUUAUGUUUAAUAAAAUAUGUUGUAACCAUAACCUGAUUUCCGUUUAUUAGUGUUCAGGACCUGAUUUUCGUUUUUUAAGCUAAAUUUAUGUUUAAUAAAAUAUGUUGUAACCAUAACCUGAUUUCCGUUUAUUAGUGUUCAGGACCUGAUUUUCGUUUUUUA